AUGGCCUCCACCACCCAGAUCUCGAAGAAGAGGAAGUUCAUCGCCGACGGUGUUUUCCAGGCCGAGCUCGGCGAGUUCUUCACUCGUGAGCUCGCUGAGGAGGGCUACUCCGGCUGUGAGGUCCGUGUCACCCACGCCCGCACCGAGAUCAUCAUCCGUGCCACCCACACCCAGGAGGUCCUCGGCCACCAGGGCCGCCGCAUCCGCGAGCUCAAGGCUCUCGUUGAGAAGCGUUUCAAGUUCCCCGAGAACUCGCUCGAGCUCUACGCCGAGAAGGUCCAGUACCGCGGUCUUUCGGCCGUCGCCCAGGCCGAGUCGCUCCGCUACAAGCUCCUCGGUGGUCUUGCCAUGCGCCGCGCCUGCUACGGUGUCCUCCGUUACGUUAUGGAGUCGGGCGCCAAGGGUUGCGAGGUUGUCGUCUCGGGCAAGCUCCGUGCUGCUCGUGCCAAGUCGAUGAAGUUCUGCGACGGUUUCAUGAUCCACUCGGGUCAGCCCAACGUCGACUUCGUCGACUACGCCGUUCGUCACGUUCUCCUUCGCCAGGGUGUCCUCGGCAUUAAGGUGAAGAUCAUGCGUCCCUCGGACGUUGAGGGCAAGAUGGGCCCCGCCCACUCGCUCCCCGACGCCGUCACCCUCAUCGAGCCCAAGCCCGAGGCCCCCGUCGAGAUCCGCUCGGAGCACAAGGACGUCCCCGUCGCCGCCGCUGUUGCCCCUGCCGCUCCCGCUGCCGAGGCUCCCGUCGUCGCCGCCGAGUAA